CUUUUUAAAAAAAUUCAGGAUGGAUGCCACCUUGAAAGAACUGACUAGUUUAGUAAAAGAAGUCUACCCAGAAGCUAGAAAGAAGGGCACACACUUCAACUUUGCAAUUGUUUUUACGGAUAUUAAAAGACCUGGUUAUCGGGUGAAGGAGAUUGGCAGCACCAUGUCCGGGAGAAAGGGGACUGAUGAUUCCAUGACCCUGCAGUCGCAGAAGUUUCAGAUAGGAGGUUAUCUGGACAUAGCGAUCACCCUUCCGAAUCGGGCACCACCUCCUUCAGGGCGCAUGAGGCCAUAUUAAAUUUUAUUGACUAUUU